GUGUGCUGGUCCGCGGCGCUCCCCCGCCCCUCGGCCGGCGCGGUGUUGCCCGCGAUGGGGGUGGCGGAGGCGCUGGGUGCCGGGGCGGCGCGGCUGCUCUUCUACCCGACGCUGCUGUACACGGCGGCCCGGGCGCGGCUUCCCGGGUCCCGCCGGCCCUGGUUCCACCGUAUCGACGGUUCCGUGCUGCUGGGGGCGCUGCCGCUGAGGGGACGCAGCCGUAGGCUGGUGGCGGAGGAGAACGUACGCGCCGUGGUGACCCUCAACGAGGAGUACGAGACCCGCUUUCUCUGUUGCUCCGCCCAGGAAUGGGAGGCAAUGGGAGUGGAGCAACUGCGUCUCAGCACCGUGGAUCUAACCGGAGUCCCCACCUUGGAAAACCUCCACAAGGGUGUUGAAUUCAUACUGAAACACCGAGCCUACGGUAACAGCGUCUAUGUGCACUGCAAGGCAGGACGCUCCCGCAGUGCCACCAUGGUGGCAGCAUAUUUAAUUCACCUACAUCACUGGAGCCCUCAGGAAGCAAUAGAGGCUAUUGCCAAGAUCCGUCCCCACAUCAUCGUUCGGCACAAGCAAGUCCAGGUCCUGGAGGCAUUUCAUAGGAACGUGACCGCUGGGACAGCUGCAUAAUGUCAGUAAGAACUAUCAAAAUCUUUGUCUCAGCUGCUUUAAAAAAACCUUACAUUUUAAUGAUCUAACAAAGACUUAAGCAUUGUACUUCCUGAGCAUCAAUAAAGAAGUUUUUACAUAAAUUACAGUAA